GCGCCAGAAGCAACGAGAGUGCCAACAACAAGACGCAAGCAAGACGACGACGCAGCCACUGACACAGCACACAGCGACACACAGCGACACACAACGACACAGCUUCCGACGACAACAACGACAGAAGCGCGGAGCAACAAUGGCGAUGGCAGCCAAGGCGAUCCAGGAGUGGUACAGGCGUGCAGAGGUGCCCACGGUGAAGGGCGGGAGCUUCACGUCAGAGUGGGCAGCCGCUGCCAGCAAGGACAGCGGAAGCAGCCCGCUCGUCGACACCGUGGAGGUUGUGCUUGGUCACAACAUCCCGGACGCGCAGGAGAAGCGCACGUACCGGCGCACGCUCACGGUCGUGCGUGGCGCAGACGGUACCUCUGUGGACACGGUCGUGCGCAGCGCCGCCGUCGACACAACCGGUGUCUCGGAGCACGUGCGCGUGCUCGCAGCCUCCAAGAAGUUUGCAUUCACCGCCUCCAACCCAGCCGAAGGUGGCAGCAGCAACGGCAACGGCAACGGUGGCGGCGCUCGCGUCAACAUUGUCGGCAGGAACGGCUGCCUGGCCACGGCAGACUGCAAGAAACUGCACGGGAAGGUGUUGCCCCUGGACAACACGUUUGGCGGCGCUGCCUUCACCGAUGACGAAGAAACCGUCUACUACGUCGCCGUGACCAACCCGCCCAAGGAGACAACAUGGUGGGGCCCAAAGGCCGAGGACAACGACGAGAAGAAAGAGGGGGAGGAGAAACACACCCUCAGCACCAAGUACGAGACGCGCGACAACUGGGGCGAGGCGCACGUUGGCAUUGGCGAGACGGCCAUCUUCCGCUGGCAGUGGCAAACGCCCGGCACCAAGCCCGAGAAGGUGAAUGUGCAACUCCCAACGACGGACAGCAGCAACAAGAAGACGCUGGGCGAGGUGGCCGUGCGUGGGCAGCGCAUGGCUUUCGUCGCCUGGGACAACGGCAAAGGCCGCCCCCUCGGCGCCCAGUACUGCAUCAACCGCAACACCGCCGUGUACGUCGCCGACCUUGAUGGGUCCAACGUGAAGCAAAUUUCAGACGACGGCGUCCACAGCUGCCUCGCACCCAGGUUCUCGCCAGACGGUGCGCGUGUUGUGUGGAUGCAAACCAACGCUGACGGCCCCCACCGCCGCGCCAGCGCUGUUGUUGCCCACACCUUUGACACCGGCGCCAACACCACGCUCGUCCCUCCCACAGUGUACAUCGGCAAGCUGCCCUACAAUUGCUGGCUGAGUUCCACAGAGUUUGUGUUCUCGCACCUGACCCGCUCCCAAAUUGUGGUGUCGUACGUCGACUGCGCAACCAGCACUCACGCCAUUGUCCCCAUGACCAAAGAAACGGUUGGCGCCUGGUCUGUCCAGGAUGUUUGUGGCCGAAACGUGCUGGUGAGCUUCACGUGUCCGUCCACUCCUCGUGGACUGUUCGUGUUCUCGUUUGCUCCGGCGUCCAGCGACGUCACGCCGCUCACCCUCAUCGAGCCCCGUGACUCAACAGGGCUGCGGUUUUCGCGGUACGAGACGGCUGCCGGUGAUCAGGACGUGCUGGUGCUGCUGCCGCCGCUGGAGGAGGAGCCAGAGACCAAGGCCCUCCACCCAACAAUCCUCGUCCCGCACGGCGGCCCACACUCUGCAGUGCCUCUCGACUACUUUGCGCUGUAUGCCGCGUUUGCGUACGGUGGAUAUGCAAUUGUGUUUCCAAACUAUCGUGGUUCCCUCGGGUUCACAGAGGACACCCUUGAAAGUCUUCCUGGCAAGGCCGGCACCCAGGACGUGGAGGAUGUGGUUGCGCUGUGCGACCUCGCCUACAAGAACGAGCCGUCCCUGGACCCGGCCCGCCUGUUUGUCUUUGGCGGUUCGCACGGCGGUUUCCUCACUGCUCACCUCACCGCGCAGUACCCAGACAAGUUUGUUGCCGCGGCCAUGCGUAACCCGGUCACCGACAUUGCUGCGAUGGUGCACGUCACAGACAUCCCCGACUGGUGCUUCGUGGAGGCGGGUCUGCCCAUCAAGCCCAUCGCUUCCAUCACCGCAGAGGAUAUGGCGGCGAUGAAGAAGGCGUCACCGCUGCCCUUUGUACAUCGCGUCAAGAGCCCGACACUCGUCCUCAUUGGCGACAAGGACCUCCGUGUCCCGCCCUUCCAGGGCCGCCUGUGGUACUACGGCCUGCGCGAGAACGGCGUUGAGACGAAGCUGUUCACGUACCCUGACGACAGCCACCCGCUCGCCUCCAUCGCCUGUGCCAGCGACGUGUUUGUGAACGUCGCCCUCUGGUUCGGCCGCUUCCGCUGAUUUGCUGCGUCUCAUCGCACUGCAUUGCACAUGGCCGCACCGCUCGUGCUUGCGGUUUGUUUCACUGUGUGGUGUGCGUGCGUGCGUGUGUUCGUUGCCCAAUUGCUUCAAAGCAUCGAUCGUUUAUGUGCUCGUAGCAUGGUUCCCCCAGAGCACUGCAAGUUCCAGUUCAUUAAACGCACACACACACACACACCAGUCAAAUGAACAUGCACACGCAAAAUCCUCAA